AGUGCAUAUAUUGCUAACAACUGAUUCAUUUGUAAUAUGUUUUAUAAAAAUAAGAGUUUGGCAUUUUUCACACAAAUGACUUUAGUGCUUUUUGUGUACAGUGAAAACUUGCAACCAUAUACUGUGCUCUACUCUGACCGAAAUGUUUUAGUUUUCCAACUCUUUCCUGGGAAACAAAGCCCGUGUGCAAAAACUAAUUAUACUCUGAACUGUCCAGGAACUUUGAAGUGCACAUUGUCGAUUCAGAGUCCUUUUUUUAAUAUCACGAAUACUUUUAGCUACGAGUUUAUAAGUAGUACAUUUAAGAACACUACAGGAGCAUAUUUAUUUUUCAAUGGAAUCGUAGAUUUUAAUAAUAAGAUAUAUUUGACAGACGCCAUCAGUAGCAGUGCACAAUAUACUAACGGAUACUACUAUAAUUCUAAAAGUGAUUCUUUAACGGUAUGGCUUCAAGACUAUUUGCCAAUAAAAGUGUUUUAUCACGGUCUUGUCAGUGAAACUGUAGGCAGCCAUCAACAUCCUAUAGCUAUCCGAUUUAGUACCUGCAAUCAAAUAUACAAUCUAAAAAUUUUAGACGAAUUUGGAAAAAAUAUAUUCAAAACUAACCAAAAAGAAGUUUAUGUUCGUAAAGAAUUCACGAAUCCGAAUCCAUCAAGUAGUUGUUUAUUGUCUGUACUUAUUUUACCAGAAGAUAAGGAGGUUACAAAUUUACAAAUACCUCCUGUACUCAAAGAUGACAAAAAGAAAGAAAGCAGCACACCAGUGAACAAAACGGUUGCGGUUGUAAACCCAGAGCACAGACCAACAGAUGAAGCUAAAACAAAAUUACUUACAAGCACGACUGCUUUAACAACAUUAAAGACAACCACUACAGGAAGCACAACCAUCACUACAACUACUGAAAAAAUAACUGCAAGUGGAACAAACACAUCGAUUCCAAAUCAAGAUAUCUCUGUACUAGGUGAAUCCACAAAAACGUUAUUAAUCAUACUAAUAUCAUUAGUAGUAUUUUUGAUAUUUAUAAUUUGUGUACUGAUAUAUUUCUGCAAGAAAAGAACAGCUUCUGGUGGAACUUCCAGCACGUUUUCCAAAAUCAAAUCAACUUACACUGAAUGGUUGGCCUCCAACAGACACUUAAGGGAAUCACCACCAAGAGAUCCUUAUAAUGAAGAAAACAGCUAUUGCACGCCUUUAGAAGAUUGUGUAGAAGUGCCUAAACCACAUUAUGAUUACGUUAUGGUUAGAGAGAACAACUUAUUGAGUGAACAUGAUUACAUGGUUGUUAAAGAUAGACAAACAAAUCCGGAAGAUACCUAUUUGGUUCCUAAAGAAGAAGAGAAAUAAGAUAUCAUUGCGGAAGAUUACAUCUAUGUGCAAGACAAAAGGUCAUUGAUACCCAAAUCUGGUGCGUCUGGAAGUGCUCGAGUGACAUCUGACGAUAUCCAUAAAAGAUAGUUGUAAUAUGACUAAAAUAUGCUUUUUAUGCUUUUAUGCAUUUAAUGCAUAUAAAUAAAAAACUCAGUUAUACAUGUAUUGAAGGUAUUUAAUUUAUUUUAUGUUAAAGUCACAAAAAAUAUUUGUUGUAUUAUAAAUUAAAAAUUUGUUAUAAAUUUGUAUUAUCUACAUCUUU